AUGUUUGGAAAAGACUGGAUUGUUUUCCUUGUCGCUCAAGAAGAUAAACGGACCGCCAUGCUCGGGUACCAGCUCACGUUGCUUCUUCGAGACCGGGUAGAAGAAUGGGUUGCCAAUGGUGUCAGGAUUGAAGAUAAUGUCCUCUUUGUGGAAGCAAGUGGGCGGGCAUCAAGGCGUCUCGUCGGAGGAUUUGAUUUAUCUGUCGCGGGAGUGGUCCGUGGUAUCAAGGGCCAGAAUAGUUAG